AUGAACCCGCAGGAACCAGCCGCGCUGAGCGCCUCGCAGUUCUCGCCCUCCGCAAGUCUCUUGCAUCCCCCAAGCGUGCAGCACAACACGCGUCUCACCUCGUGCUUCGCCGGCCUCGUUGCGGGCGUCCUCGGCCUCCCCAACCUCUCCGGCUUUGCGCUGUACCUCGCGACGUCGCUGCUCACCGCGGUGGCCUGCGCGCUGAAGUGCGGCCUAGAUGUGGGGCGGUACGUCCCCGACGCACACGCGGGCGCGGGUCCGCUCGGCGCUGCAAAGGUCCGCGCAUGGCGGGGGUGGAUGGGCGUCUCGGGAAUCAGUGGGGAGAACUUGCUCGGCUUCCUCCUCUUCUGGAUCGGCGGGUAUGCGCUCGUGCAUGGUGAGUCCUGGGACUGGCGUGCUGGCGAGGGCGGGCUGACGGCAGUGUAUGACUAG